AUGCUUUUUUCCAGGCUCGGAGGCCUGAGAGCCCUGCGCUUGCUGUUGCUCUCGCUUCUGCUCCUCGCAGCCUGGGAGGCAGGGAGUGGCCAGCUCCACUACUCCGUCCCCGAGGAGGCCAAACACGGAACCUUCGUGGGCCGCAUCGCUCAGGACCUGGGGCUGGAGCUAGCGGAACUGGUGCCCCGCCUGUUCAGGGUGGCGUCCAAGGACCGCGGGGACCUUCUGGAGGUAAAUCUGCAGAAUGGUAUUUUGUUUGUGAAUUCUCGGAUCGACCGGGAGGCGCUGUGCGGGCGGAGCGCGGAGUGUAGCAUCCACCUGGAGGUGAUCGUGGACCGGCCGCUGCAGGUCUUUCACGUGGAUGUGAAGGUUAAGGAUAUUAAUGAUAACCCACCGGUUUUUAAAGGCUCAGAACAAAGGAUAGUUAUUCCUGAAAAUAGACAGCCAGGCUCGCGAUUUCCACUAGAGGGCGCGGCGGACGCAGAUAUUGGCGCUAAUUCUCUUCUAAUUUACACGCUGAGCCCCACUGACUACUUUUCUUUGAAGGUAGAGACGACUGACGAACUCAGUAAAUCCCUUUCUCUUGAGCUGAGAAAAUCUUUGGAUAGAGAAGAAACACCAGAACUUCGGUUAUUACUGACAGCCACUGAUGGGGGCAAGCCAGAACUGGAGGGGACAGUUCGGCUGCAGAUUACUGUGCUCGACGUUAAUGACAAUGCCCCCCUGUUUGACCAGGCCGUCUACAGAGCCCAGCUAGUAGAAUCUACAGCGAAUGGAACUUUAGUGACCACAUUAAAUGCUUCUGACGCUGAUGAAGGCGUAAACGGUGAAGUUGUGUUUUCCUUUGGCAAUGAUGUUUCUCCUGACAUUCAAGAAAAAUUCAAAGUGGAUUCUAUUUCUGGAGAAAUUAGAGUGAUCGGUGACCUGGAUUAUGAAAAAAUAAAAUCUUAUGAAAUUCAAGUAAAAGCAGUUGAUAAAGGGACUCCCCCGAUGUCAAAUCACUGCAAGGUUUUGGUGAAAGUACUGGAUUUAAAUGAUAACACUCCCGAGCUGGAGGUCACGUCCUUAUCUUUGCCCAUCAAAGAGGAUGCUCCUAUUAGCACUGUCAUCGCCCUCAUCAAGGUGUCCGACCUUGACUCAGGUGCCAACGGGCAGGUGACCUGCUCCCUGGCUCCUCAUGUCCCCUUCAAGCUGGUGUCCACCUUCAAAAAUUACUAUUCGCUCGUGCUGGACAGCACCUUGGACCGAGAGACCACACCUCUCUAUAGAGUGGUGGUGACAGCCCGGGACGGGGGCUCGCCCUCACUGUGGGCCACAGCCAGCGUGUCCGUGGAGGUGGCUGAUGUGAACGACAACGUGCCCACGUUCGCGCAGCCCGAAUACACGGUGUUCGUGAAGGAGAACAACCUGCCUGGCGCCCACAUCUUCACGGUGUCAGCCACGGACGCAGAUGCGCAGGAGAACGCGCUGGUGUCCUACUCGCUGGUGGAGAGGCGGGUGGGCGAGCGCUUGCUGUCAAGCUUCGUGUCUGUGCACGCGGAGAGCGGCAAGGUGUUCGCGCUGCAGCCUCUGGACCAUGAGGAGCUGGAGCUGCUGCAGUUCCAGGUGAGCGCGCGGGAUGCUGGUGUGCCUUCCCUGGGUAGCAAUGUGACUCUGCAGGUUUUUGUGCUGGACGAGAAUGACAACGCGCCCUCGUUGCUGGGACCUCAGGCGGGCAGCGCAGUGAGCGAACUGGUGUCCCGGACAGUGGGUGCAGGCCAUGUGGUGACAAAGGUGCGCGCAGUAGACGCAGACUCUGGCUACAAUGCAUGGCUGUCUUAUGAACUGCAACCUUCAACAGGUGGCGCACGCAGCCCGUUCCGGGUGGGACUGUACACGGGUGAGGUCAGCACUACACGUGUCCUAGAUGAGGCUGAUGCUCCACGACAGCGUCUGUUGGUGCUGGUGAAAGAUCAUGGCGAGCCGGUGCAGACUGCCACUGCUACCGUGUUGGUAUCUCUGGUGGAAAGCGGACAGAUUCAGAAAGCCUCCUUGCCUGUAUUAACCGGUGCAGUGGGCUCUCAGGCAUCGCUGGUGGAUGUCAACGUGUACCUGAUCAUCGCCAUCUGCGCGGUGUCCAGCCUGUUGGUGCUCACGCUACUGCUGUACACCGCGCUGCGCUGCUCGGCAACGUCCACUGAUGGAGCCUGUGCUCCGGGGAAGCCCGUGCUGGUGUGCUCCAGCGCGGUGGGCAGCUGGUCAUACUCACAGCAGAGGCGGCAGAGGGUGUGCUCUGGAGAGGGUCCGCCCAAGACCGACCUCAUGGCCUUCAGCCCUGGCCUCUCUCCGGGUUUGAAUAUAUCGGAAAGAAGUGAGCAGCCAGAAGGAAAUUCGGAUCUUUCUGGAAAUGUAAGUCCAAAUUUGAGCUAUGAUUUCAAAUUCUGUUUAGAUUUAACUUCACUUUUUAAAUCAUUUCAAUGA